CUCUUAGAGACCCAUGACCAGGGGCUGGUGACCUCUCACAGCUGCAGGACUCUAGGACCUAGCAGAUUUCUUUGGACACCCAGGUUGACUGGAUGCCAGCUUGGCCGCUCCGGCUGUGGGUGGAUGGUUGGCUGGUGGGUGUGGGCACAGAGAGGGGCACAGGGACAGAAAGGGCAGCUCAGACCUCCCAGUCUGGCCAAUACCACUCGAAUGGGCGCCCAGCGGCCUUUCCCAAAGCCCGCCGCCUGGCGCGCGCCCCGCAGCAGGACACGGACCGGGGCUGCGGGCGGGGCGGGGCCCGUGGGACCCGGGCGGGGGCGCGCAGCGGGCCGCCCGGGCGGGGCGGCGAGUGCAGGAAUGCACGCCACCCGCCGCAGCCCCGCCCCGAGCAUCCCGCGCCGACCCGGCUGCGCCGGCGGAGCUGCAGGGCGAGCGUCAUGGCCGCUGCGAGACAACCCCAGGUCGGGGAGCUGCUGGCCGAGGCCCGGAGGGCCUUCCGGGAGGAGUUCGGGGCCGAGCCGGAGCUGGCGGUGUCAGCUCCCGGCCGCGUCAACCUCAUCGGAGAGCACACGGAUUACAACCGGGGCCUCGUGCUGCCCAUGGCUCUGGAGCUGGUGACCGUGCUAGUGGGCAGCCCCCGGGCAGAUGGCCUUGUUUCCCUCCUCACCACCUCUGAGGACGCUGAUGAGCCCCGGAGGCUGCAGUUUCCAUUGCCCACAGCCCAGCGGUCACUGGAGCCCGGGACCCCCCGCUGGGCCAACUAUGUCAAGGGUGUAAUUCAACACUACCCAGCUGCCCCUCUCCCUGGCUUCAGUGCAGUGGUGGUCAGCUCCGUGCCCUUGGGGGGUGGACUGUCCAGCUCGGCAGCCCUGGAAGUGGCCACAUACACCUUCCUGCAGCAGCUCUGCCCAGCUGGCAGAGAGCUGGUGAGCAAGGAGGGCUUCAGGCGGGCACGGCACGUCGUGGGGGAGAUCCGGCGCACGGCCCAGGCAGCGGCUGCCCUGAGCCGGGGCGACUACAGAGCCUUUGGCCGCCUCAUGGUGGAGAGUCACCACUCACUCAGGGAUGACUAUGAGGUGAGCUGCCCUGAGCUGGACCAGCUGGUGGAGGCCGCGCUGUCUGCACCCGGGGUUUAUGGCAGCCGCAUGACGGGUGGCGGCUUUGGUGGCUGCACAGUGACCCUGCUGGAGGCCUCCACUGCUUCCCAAGCCAUGCAGCACAUACAGGCUCAGUACAGUGGCACCGCCACCUUCUACCUCUCCCAGGCGGCUGACGGUGCCAAGGUGCUACACGUGUGAGGGGCUUCCCUCGGAUGGCACAUGGCAGGCAUGGGGCCUGCCAGGUACCAAGUCAGAAAGCUCCAUGCCUCGGGCCCCUGCCCUCCACCUCUGGGUGCUCAAUAAACUUGUGCCUCGGACCACUGA